AUGAGUCUUUCCUUCGCUACGAAACCGGUACAGGUUAAUGGAAUUCCCCAUAGGAUUCUUUUACAGAAUGACAAUGGGCCCUGUGCCCUAUUAGCAUUGGCUAAUACAUUAUUACUAGCGCCCAGAUAUGCUGCUGAGGCAAGAGAAUUGGCGACCCUAGCUCAACAUAGUUCUGUUAAAUUGGAAGAUUUAGUUCAAGUUCUAGCUAAUAUAGCUAUAAUGAGCCCCAAUGGUGCCAAUACCGAUGUUAAUCAGUUGUUCCAAAUAUUGCCACAAUUACAUACUGGACUUAACGUCAACCCAAUUUUUAACGGUUCCUUUGAAGAUGGCAUUGAAAUGGCAAUCUUCCGUCUUUACAACGUAGGAAUUGUUCAUGGUUGGAUUAUCGAUGGUGAUAGCGAUCCAAUCGCUAGGGAACAUGUAUCCAAAUAUUCAUACGAGAGUGCUCAAAAAAUUUUGCUACAAUCGUAUGAUAUCCAAAAUGGUUCUUAUAGCCCACAUAACAGUCAAGAAAUCAUCGAAGAUGCUAAUUACAUCAGAUCGUUCCUGGCAAGAUCUGCUACGCAGUUGACAGAUUACGGAUUAGUACAUCUAAAGGAAAUUUUAGUGGAAAAAUCCUAUGCUGUACUCUUUAGAAAUGAUCAUUUCUCAACGAUUUACAAAUACGAAGGUGAGUUGUUUACAUUGGUAACAGAUUUGGGCUAUAAGAACAGACCAGACAUUGUUUGGCAAUCCUUGAAAUCUGUUAAUGGAUCUGCAGAUGUAUUUUAUACCGGUAAUUUCAUCCCUGCUACACAAGCUGCUCAAGAGGGUCCAGAACAGCCAAUUGAUUCAGAUGCUGCUGUUGCUACAGGAGCAACUUCAAAUCCUGCAGUAAAUGGUGGUGGGGUUAACAACCCAUUUUUGGGUGAAGGUGAAAGUGAAACAUCUGCGCCAUACCAAUUACAACAGAUUGAAGAUGAUGAAGCACUAGCAAAAAGAUUGCAGGAGGAGGAAGAUGAUCGUGCAGCUACGAACAUGCAGAGAAGUUACCAAAGGAGAGAGAAGAAGAAAACGGUAGCUGAGAAUGGGAAUGGCAAUGGUGAUGGCAACGAUACCAAGUCAAGGAAGAGAGAUAAGAUUAAGAAGAGUUGUAUUAUCAUGUAA